AUAUGCGAUCCCACCCCAAAGGAGGCAUGCAAAUGUAUACGUAACAAUCGAUGAAAAAUCUCGGGAAGUGAAUUGCCGUCGUGCAGCCGUUGAAUUCGAAAAUGAAGCGGCAGACAAGGGACAGGACCACCAACGAUCACUGGACAAAAUCAACGCCUUUGGCGAUCUCUCCGAGUGGUGCGCAGCUGCAAAUUUCUCAAGUAAAAGUUCAUUUCAAUA